GAAGAAAUAAAAAUAUCAAACUAUUUAAACAUGGCAUUCUCCUCCACAUCCCCAGCAUGCAGAAUGCAAACCCCUUCCUCUGCAGCUCAUCCCGAAUCUCGUCGAACUUCGCUAUUCAUGGUGCGGUCUGCACUGUCGACCAGAGCCUCUUCCAUUUCUUGCGUUCUUACAGUCAAACCACAACAAAAGGGAGAGGAGAAGAGGACUGUUAAUGGUCGCGGUUGGGACAUUCUUCAAAGGCCUGACUCGUUUGGUCGGUUUGGAAAGUUCGGAGGGAGGUAUGUGCCAGAAACUGUUAUGUUUGCGCUCGCUGAGCUUGAGUUGGCCUUCAAUGCGCUUUCCUCUGACCACGACUUUCAGAAAGACUUAGAUGGCCUGUUGAAAGAUUAUGUUGGUCGAGAGAGCCCACUUUACUUUGCAGAACGACUAAGUGAGCACUACAAACGUCCGAACGGGGAGGGACCACUCAUCUACCUCAAGAGGGAGGAUCUGAAUCAUACAGGGGCACAUAAGAUCAAUAAUGCUGUAGCACAAGCGUUGCUCGCUAGACGAUUGGGGAAAGAACGCAUCAUAGCUGAAACGGGGGCUGGUCAGCAUGGUGUUGCCACUGCCACUGUAUGUGCGCGGUUUGGCUUGCAAUGUGUUAUCUACAUGGGUGCUCAAGAUAUCCAAAGGCAAUCACUCAAUGUCUUGAAAAUGAAACUUCUUGGUGCAGAGGUAAGAGCAGUUAAUUCCGGGACAGCCACAUUGAAGGAUGCUACAUCAGAAGCGAUAAGGGACUGGGUGACUAAUGUGGAAACAACCUAUUACAUAAUGGGAUCUGUGGGAGGGCCCCAUCCCUGUCCAAUGAUGGUACGCGAGUUUCACUCUGUAAUUGGUAAAGAAACAAGGAGACAGGCCUAUGAGAAAUGGGGUGGAAAGCCAGAUGUGCUAGUUGCCUGCGUUGGUGGUGGUUCCAAUGCCAUGGGACUCUUUCACGAAUUCGUUAAAGAUGAAGAUGUAAGGCUGAUUGGCGUGGAGGCUGCAGGAUUCGGCCUAGACAGCGGAAAGCAUUCUGCUAGCUUAGCAAAAGGAGAGAUCGGUGUGGUUCAUGGAACAAUGAGCUAUCUAUUACAGAACUAUGAUGGGCAGAUAACAGAGCCUUAUUCGAUCAGUGCAGGUCUGGACUACCCCGGAGUUGGACCCGAGCACAGCUUCCUAAAAGACAUCGGACGUGCUGAAUAUUAUAGCAUCACCGAUGAAGAGGCUCUCCAAGCUUUUACAAGAUUAUCGCGACUGGAGGGGAUAAUUCCAGCACUGGAGACAUCGCAUGCACUCGGGUAUUUAGAGAACUUGUGCCCAACCCUGCCAAAUGGGACAAAGGUUGUGCUUAAUUGCAGCGGCAGAGGAGAUAAAGAUAUUCAAACAGUUAUUAAGUAUUUAGAACACUAAUACUACUGUGUAGUUACCUAUGCUAUUUGAUACUGUGUGCAUGUAUGAUGUAUCCAAAGAGUUUAACACAACUUCAUUAUCUCUGUCCAAUUUCAGAUAGUGUGCAGGUGCUUUUGCAUAAAUGAAACAGAAAUGUGUUGAUGAAUGAUAGAUAUCACAGUAAAGACAGUUUACUCUUUGUUUAGUUGACCACUUGACCUUGUGUACUUCGAAUUUCAGAACAGACUAACUCUUUAUAUUGUAUUUGGUAUGAUAAUGAAUGGAU